AUGAAAGCGCUGAAAAUCUCGCCAGAAGCAUUAGUAUUUCGAGAAUGCGUUGUUGGCGAGGCAGAUACAUUAGAUGUCUGGGCGCUUAAUACAUCAGGAAGACCUCAAGUUAUCAAAUUUGCAGUUCCUCCUAAUUCUCCGUUCAAAAUACCUUUGAACAAAGGAGGAAUCACACCCCACAGUCUCGAAGCCAAGACAACAAUUACUUAUGUUCCCAAAUCAAAUGAAGUUGUUAAAGGAACUUUGAUUGUUAAAUUUACAAAUGGCGAAAUCAUUUUACCAAUUACUGCAUAUCCAAAAUGCCCAGCAGUUACACUUUCCUCCACUGAUAUUGACAUGGGUAAUAUCCCUAUCAAUAACAAAAUUAGCGAAAAAUUUUCAAUCACAAAUUAUAGUAGUGUAGAGACCAAAAUGAAAGUCACAUCCAACAACAAAAAUCUUACAAUAGUCAAUCCUGAACGUGUAUUGCAUCCUGGAAGAAAAGAUGAUGUAUUAUUUACAGUAUCUUCGAAAGAAGCAGGACAAGUUAAUGCAAUUUUAAAGGUAGAAGUUGAAGGGGUUAUUGAGCCAAUACCAAACAUCACUGUUAAGGCAAAUAUAAUAGGUACACCUUUACAAUUUUGGUAUGAAAAUAAAUGUAUAGAUGAUUUAAAUUUUGGCAAGAUAUACAGUGGCCAAAAGAAGGUAUUAGGAGUUACUAUCAAAAAUCCAGAUAAAGCAGUUAGAUCUUUUGCAAUCUCUCAUAUUACGGAAUCAGCAUCAGUUUCAGAUCACGAUCCGACUAAAAUAUUUCAAGCAAUUCCACUUGAAGGAGUGUUGCAACCAAAUGCUGAAACACAAAUCAAUUUAUUAUUUAGUCCUCCUUUACAGAAUUUCGAAAAUGAUAUCGAAAGUGUUUUUACUCAUUCACUUAAAAUUGAUGUGCUUGAGACCAGACAAGUAAGCGAAAUUUCAUUAAUGGGUGCAUCAGUUGGAAUAUUUGCAACUUUUGAUCCAGUUGAUUUUAAUUUCGGUAGACAGAUCGUAAACACAACAGUUACAAAGAAAUUGACAAUCACAAAUGAUUCUUCAUUCUUACCAAUUGAUGUAACUCUCAAAAAUGUUGCCCAGUUUCGAUUUGUUCCAGAAAAUUUAGUAAUUCCUCCACAGAAAUCCAAGACAAUGAACAUCAAUUUCUAUCCACGUAAUAUGGGCGAGUUUGUACAUAACAUUCCUAUUCUAAUUAAUAAUGGCUUAUCGCAAAAAAUGCUACAUUUUUCUGGAAUUGCAGUAAAAAAGGAUCUAGAACAGAAAAAGUUCAUAAGACCAGAUGUUUGGUCAAUAGUUCCAGAUGCUCAGUAUGCAAGGGAGCAUCCUGUUUCUGCAUUUGGCUUGGAUGAGAUAGAAUUGAACGAAAAAUUGAAGAAAAGAGAGCAAUUUGAUAAAUAUAUCACAGAUUCAGCUGAAAAGAGAUCAGAACAUACAAUGAAAACUAAAUUAUAUCAAGAAUUAUCAACGCAAGCAAAAGAAUAUUUAUCCAUGACAAAAUCUAAUUUUAACGAAGAUGAUGUCAAAGAAAUUGUAGAUGCAGAACUAAAGAAAGGUGGUAGACAAGAUCCAAACUUUGGCAUUACGUACGGUGAAGGAUUAGACGAACCAGAUCCAGGUUUUAUGUCAGAAAAAAAAACUGAAAAAGUUUCACAAAACACAACACAGAACACUUCGAAUUAUUUGACAGAAAUACAAACAGGUCGCCUUCGACUGAAGCCAACAACACCUCCAGAAAUUAAUGAAUGCUCUCGUAAACUUUCUCCUGCUCAGCAACUUUCAGUACUUUGUUCUCUUAAUGCAAUAAACUUUGGAGUUGUCUCUGUCUAUUCGACUCAAUCUAAGGAGAUUACAAUUACAAACAAUCUCCAACAAAACAUCUUUGUUGAAUUCAAGAUAGGUGAUGAAGAACUCAAGGAUUCAAACCCUUUAACACAAGUUAUUCCUCCUUUACAAACAGCCACUUUUAUGAUCGUUUUCUCCACAACUAAAGAGCAAACCUUCAAUAAAACAAUCUCUUAUGUUGUUAACAACUUCCACAAGUAUCAGAUCAAUAUUGCGGCGCAGUCAAUUCCUAUUGAAAUGCGCCUAUCCAAAAAGGAAAUCAAUUUUGGAUUUGGAUAUGGUCAAACUAAGUUCGAAUGCUCUGAAACAGUGACAUUAUUUAAUAACUCUAAUGCUGUUGCACAUUACACUUGGCGAAAUAUUACAAAGCCAUUCAGUAUUCAACACGAACAAGGAUCAAUACAACCUCAAGCCAAAGAAGAUAUUGUCCUAUUUUACACUCCAGAACAAGUUCAACACUCUGAAUGCACGGCUACUUUGUUUGUUGUUGGAGGUUUGCAGAGAACUCUGAAUUUGAUUGGUGACACUGGUAAAUCAAAGAUUGUUAUUCCAAAGAAAACAGUAGAUUUGGGAUUGAUACCUCUUGGUGUCCAACAGAAUGCUGUCAUUAAACUAAAGAAUACAGGAGUUGAUGAUGCUUUGUUUAAACUAAAUUAUCCGGAUUUGAUUGGAUUAUCAAUAAAUCCUCGCUAUGGAAGAAUAGUUUCAAAUGAAAUCAAGCAAUUGAAUGUGUCUUAUUCAUGCUCAACUGCUGGUGAUUUCACCCAUCCUGUGACAAUUGACAUUGCUGGAACUUCUCCAGUAAAAAUUAAUAUACAAGGAAGUGGACAAAUUCCUUUUGUUUCGAUCAAGAACGAACCUUUGGAGUAUGGAAGACUGUUCAUUGGUGCAAUCGAAAAAAAGAAAAUCUCUAUUGUAAACAAAGGUAGAAUUUCCGCCGCUCUCAAUUUAGAUUUGACAGGUUAUGAUGGCUUCAAUAUCGAAUACGCCGCAGAAUUAGGUCAAUGCGGCCAAGAUGGAAAGAGUAACGCAAUCAUAAUGACAGGUAAAGAAAAUUCUAAGUCCUACAAGAUUACCGUAAUACCUGAUUCAAAUGUUGAUUUCAUGCUCGUUUUUCAGCCAAUAGAUGUUCAAGAUUUCACAUUCGAACUCCCUAUUUCCAUGGCAAAUAAAGACAUCAAUCUUAAGGAACAUCCAAUAGUAUCUGCUCAAGCAAUACAUGCGCCAAUUCUUCCUAACACAACAUGCGUUGACUUUGGUAUAUCACCUCUGUUUGAUUCAAGUAAUCCAAACUGUAGGCCAAGUCAUCAAGAAGUUGUUAUAAGAAAUGAAUCUAAAAAACCUGUUAAGUUUAGAUUCGAUUCACAAAAACUACCAAAAGUUAUAACCAUUGACAAUGAUGAAGGUACUGUUGACUAUUUAGGGACCACCUCUGUUUUCUUUAAGUUCCGACCAACAAAUAUUAUUCCGGUUUGUUGCGAAAUUCCUCUUUAUGCAACUAUUGAAACAGAAAAAAUUAUUAAAACUGAGAAUUCAGACCAGAAUGAAGUUGAAAUUAUCAAAGAAGAAGUCUUGAUAACUAGCCUUCAGAUUAGCGGAGUUGGAUCUAGUCGUUUAUUUAAAACAUCCACAAACUAUGUCUGUCUUCCUAUUGUUCCAUGCAACAUGACAUCUUCUGUAACAAUUGACGUCAUCAAUUUCUGUUUCAUUCAGGCAUCUCUUAAAGCGGAAUUGCCAGUUAAUACAAAGAAUAUCCCAUUAAAAGUCGAAUUUCCUCAAACAAACACCUUACAAUAUACAGUUGCAUCUAUUCCUCUUAAGAUAUCAUUUUGCCACACCAAACCACUAUCUUUUUCAACAGUCGUUGCGUUGAUUGAUGACAAAGGCCAUUCAUAUUCAUUUAAUGUUUCUGCUACAACAGAUCACAGUGUUUUCACUCUGUAUCCAAUUAUUUCAUUGAACAAAUACCAAAUUUCGAUGCAAGGAGGAAGAACUCCUUUCAUUAAUACAAACAUUGAAACUCCUGAUUAUUUAUCAAAGUACUUAUCUUCAAAUUCAUGUGAUGAAUACUACAAAAUCAAGAGUUGUAUAACUCCAGAGAUGCUUGAUUUCCUUAGAAGGUUCAUAAAUAAAUCAGCAAUUUCAAGUCCAAUUGGUGAUUUCCCUCAAGACAUUGCAAAUGAUCCAAAUAUUUUAUGUGAUAUUAUUCAAAACUUUGGCGGGAAAAAACUUACUUUAGGAGAAUACCAUAAGAAAGAUUAUAACUCUAAAUUGAAAGACUUAUCAAAUAUUUUACAGAACCUGAUCAGUCAAGGCGCAAUGCUUUCGAGUGUUAAACCAGAGUUUCUUCUUCCUAAAGAAGAUUUCCUUCUUUUCAACGGGUCUAGAAUUACAAGGAAACUUUUUGGUUUAGAUUUUAUUGGCGCACAGGAGACAAAUACAUUGCCAAAUGAAAUUGUCAAUAAUUUUUCUGCUUCCCAGUCAUUUGUGAACUCAAUGUUAAAGGAUUUGAAAGCCUUGGAUGAAAACUACACAAAUUUGUCAAAUGAAAGUUGGACUUUAGUUAUAUGGCAAGUAAUAAAAUUGUUUUAUGUAUCAAAAAUUGAUACUGCCAAAUUCAAUGCUACCCCUGGAUUCCUAGAUUCUUUAAGAGCAUUAAAAAGUAAAGUUAGCGAAUAUCAGUUCAAUGAAAUCAACAGAAUAUUCAGACAAGGGGCAAUUUCAAAUGUAUACUCCAAUCAAGAAGGACUAGUUCUAAAGUGGCUCUCAGUUUAUUAUUCCAAGAGUGUUAGCGCAAGAGCAAUUAUUGAUUUUCAUGAAUUACAAGAUGUGAGCAUUAUCGGUAAUGUUGUAGAUUCCCAUGUAUCAAAACCAUUAUUCGAGUCUAGUCAAAAAGAUCCAGGAAGUCUUGUUUCAAUAUUAAAUGAAUUGAAGUCAAAUGUUGCUUUAACUUCAAUUGACUUUGUAAAGGGCGAUUGCCCAACACUAGCUUUAAUUUCAAUACAACUUUAUAUGUCUUUACCAUAUUUCAUUCCAGGAUCAAAUGUUGAAUUCAAAACUCCGUUGAACACAAGUUUGAUACAAAAUGUAACAAUUUCAAACACAUCCAACAGAGAUAUUUUAUACACUGCCAAGUUAGAAGGUUCCAAGAACUUCUCUUUAGUUCAGAAUACAAUUACAUUACAAGCACACGAGAGUGCCGAGUUCAGCAUUGAAUAUUUCUCAAGAACUCAUGAACCUGAAACUGCGAGAUUGACAUUAACACCAGAACGACCAAAAGCAAUUUUUAGAAGCGACAGUCAGUCUUCAACACCAAUAAUCUCUCCAAAAUCCCAGACAAUCUCUUCGCAAACAACAAAGUCUAAGCUAGGCUUAUCAAAGACAAUGACAAAUGGAAUUGUUCCUACAUUUGCUAGUACAAUUGUUGUUGAUUUAGUUUCGAAUACUCAGAUUACUUUGCCUAAAAAUACAAUAACAAUUGAAACUGAGAUGUAUAAACAGAAAAAAGUUGAUUUGGAAAUACCAAAUGUUAUAAAGAAGACGGGAAAUUACAAGCUUUAUUCUAAAACAUUUGAAUAUACGACAUCGAGCGAGCAGUGCUCGAAACAAUUACAAAUGUUUUUGAAUGACUUGUCAAUCGAAGGCGAUAUCAUUGAAUCAAAGCAUCCAUUUGAGAACUACAUAAACAAACACAAAUCAUUUAUUUUUAGUCAAAGAGAAAUAUCUUUUGUCAAAGAAAAUUCGAAUGCAAAGGUAUCGGUGGAAUAUAUCCCGAUUUCGAUGAAGAAACUUCGCUGCUUCCUCAUUUUCCAUAACCAGAAUAUUGGUGAAUUUGUUUAUGAAAUCGUUGGAAAUCCUCUUCUUCCUGUUCCAUCAGCAGAUUUAACAGGCCAACUCAAAGUGGAAUGCAAGCACAAAGUUUCUACAAAUGUUAAUAUAGAUUCGUGCAACAACAACUUGAUGUGGGCAUUAGCGUAUUCAAGCGAAAGAGUUAAUAAUUUGGCAAAUUACAUUUCCGAACGUAAGCUCAGAGAAUUAGUAACAAUCAAACAACGAGAAGUUACUCAUGUAUUCACGCAAUCAUUCCAGACACAGACAUUCACAAUACAAUCAUCCUCAACUUUCUUCUCUGUACCUGAACAAUACAUUUCUAUGAAUGACAAAGUCAAAGACAAAGGAAUUUCCAUCUCAUUCACUCCAACUAAGCCUGGAGAAUAUCCUUGCAAGGUGGUAAUGAUGUCCAACUACGAUGUCAGAGUAUACACUGUAAAAGGAAUUGGGUUGGCAAAUACUCAGUCUUUCUCUAUCGAGUUUAAUAUGGUCGCUGGACAACAACUGCAACAAGAAAUUCCAUUUGAAAACACAUCUAAAAGAAUCUGGGAGUUCAAAGCGUCAGUUUCUGGACUUUCAAAUUCAAUGUUUACAGUUCCAAAUAGAUUUUCUGUACCUGCCGAAGGAGUUUUCCAGCUGCCUGUUAUCUUCUCCUGCAAACAAAUCGGCGAUUUCAAAGUUGAUUUGACUGUUACAAAUAUGACAAAAGAAGCAGUUACUGUAUACAAGCUGAUUGCUCAUGUGCAAGAACCACCCGCAAACGAAAAAAUCAAAUUUGCAGCAGUGGCAAGGAAAACAUGUCCUCACAAACUCAAAGUGGAAUGCUUUACAAAAGGAACAGUAAAUGUUUCAACAGAUCUGCCAAUUGUAGAUGUUCCAAAGACAUUUGAGUUUAAGAAACAAGGAGAAAUUCAAGAAAUGCCCUUCAAAAUAUAUUCUGUUCAAUCUGGAAUUUGCGCAGGAACAAUCACUUUCACUGACCCAUCAAAUGGAUAUUACCAAUGGUACAUCAUUGAAGUAGAUGUUGACAGACCCCCUCCAGAACAGACAAUUGAGGUAUCGACAGUUGCAAGACAAUCAGCGACAGUUUCCAUCCCAAUCACAAAUGACAACGAUACUGAAAUGGAAUUUGAUGUUGACUUUGAUGAUACUGAUUUCUUUGGCUUGAAGAAAUUUAAAGUUGCAGGGAAGACCACAACUGAAUACAAAUUGAUAUUCUCUCCUUUGACACAGUUCGAUAAGACUUCAUCAAUAUCAUUUUCGAACGAAAGCCAAGGAGAAUUCAUUUAUAAUUUGGAGUUACAUGUAUCUCAACCAGAAACAAGUGUCAUUGCUCCUCUUACAGCUCCUGUUGGUCAAUAUGCAUCGUACUUUAUCACAAUAGAGAACCCACUGAACAAAAAAGCAAAUUUCGUCAUUAGAGAUGAUGAAAACAACUCAUUUGUUAUUUUAGGAAAGAAGAUGUUCAGUUUAAAUCCUUUCGAGAAGAAACAAAUUGAGAUCAGAUAUAUACCAAGCUGCGUUGGAGUCAAGGAAAGUGGUAAUAUCUAUGUUAAAUCCAAUGACAUUGGAGAAUGGUUCUAUACAGUAUCUGGAAUUGGUAAACCACCUCAGCCUUUAUCUCCUGUCAUUGUGGAAGGACUAGUUAUGUCACCAACGAGUGCGAUAGCUAUUUUCAAGAAUCCAUUCAACAGGCCAGUUAAAACACAGUGGUCAUUGACAUCAUCUAGCGAAUUCAAACUACUUACAAAGAAGAGACAGCAUUUCUUUAGAUUAUAUAAUGAAGAAUUACAAAUACCAUUCUCUUUUGCACCAAAAACAGCCGGGCAAUUUGUUGGAUCUAUUGUAAUAGACACAGAGUCGGUCCGGUGGUCGAUUCCAAUUAUAGGAAAUGCAUCAACGGCGGAAGGAAACAUUAACCCUGUAAUGAAAGGCCAUGCCUACUCGGAGAUAGCUAUUGACAUAGAUCUUCCAUUAGUAGGAGAGAAAGAAAGCUAUCAACCAAAUGAUUACAUAAUAACUCCUCAAUUUGCAGAAGGAUAUGAAUUCUUGAGAAGCAUAUUUGAAAUCAAACCAGAAAAAGUUACGACAUCAAAUGAAAACAUUCAUUUACACUUGAAAGCAAAGAUGCAUCCAAGAAGGCCAAUUGAGACCUCAGUUGAUGUUACAGUUGUUAAUCAAUUAGGGCAAAAAUGGCAUUUUGUUAUUCAAAUUUCGGUUUUACCAGGAAAACCAAUACAGUCAAUAAUUCUUAAAUGCGUUUUGAACCAAUGCGUUAAGCAAAGAGUUAAAGUACCAAGCUUCCCAAUCAGGACUCCCUUCAGAGCUUACUUUGCAGGAGGUUCCGCAGCAGAGUUUACGGUUUCUCCAGGCCGUGGUUACAUUGAAGCUUCUACUGAAGAUGAAACCGAAGUUCCUUGCGACAUUAUUUUUGAGCCAAAGAUGUAUGGAAAAGUACUGAAAGGUUUGCUUGUUAUUGAUACAUUAGAAAGAGAGUUCUUAUUCGAGUUAGAAGGUUUGAUGCCAAAAUACCAUUCACCAGAGUUUGAAGGAAACGAAAAAGAUCCUAACGAAACUUUCACAAGACUAAAUGGAACUAAAUCAGCCAGAACGAACAUUCUUGGCAAAUGUCAAAAGUCUUUUAGACGUACAGAAUGGUGUAUAUACAAAGAAAAAUUUUUCUGA